GAAACUUGGAUUCCCCAAAAGGACAGGUGGCAGAUUUCAAAGAAAGAGAAAGCUGUCCAUUAUGAAUCUUAAACUAAGACUAUGGACCAUUCUGUGGUUCCCCCUGUACUUUUUGAUAAAUGUGUACAGUGCCCUUGUAUUCAUACCAUGGUAUUUUCUUACAAACGUUAAGAAGAAAAAGGCUAUGGCAAAGCGCUUAAAAGCUAAGCCCAUCUCCGACGGCCCCGGCGGUCCGUACCGAUCCAUUUCGCAUCUGGAAUCAUUAGCCACUAUAGACUUUCCUGGCGCAGACACACUGGACAAAUUGUUCGACCUUGCAGUGACGAAGUUUGGGAAGAAAGAUUGUCUUGGAACGAGGGAGCUCCUGAGUGAAGAAAAUGAAAUGCAGCCAAACGGAAAAGUUUUUAAAAAGUUAAUCCUAGGCAACUAUAGAUGGCUGAACUAUGAAGAAACCAACCGGAAAGUGAACCACUUUGGGAGUGGGUUAGCCACACUUGGACUGAAGCCCAGGAGCACCGUUGCUGUGUUCUGUGAGACCCGGGCCGAGUGGUUUAUUGCCGCCCAAGCCUGCUUCCGAUACAACUUUCCUCUUGUUACAUUAUACGCCACCCUUGGAGAAGAGGCAGUGACCUAUGGAUUAAAUGAAUCUGAAGCAUCGUUUCUAAUCACUAGCUUAGAUCUUUUGGAAGGCAAACUGAAGAAUGUACUGUCAAAAAUUCCCUGCCUCAAGUACAUCAUUUAUGUGGAUAACAAGGCUGUCAAUAAAUCAGAGUAUCCUAAAGGGCUGGAGAUUCAAAGCAUGCAAGCAGUAGAACAACUCGGGGCCAAACCAGAAAACUCAAGCAUCCCUCCAUGUCGCCCUGUUCCUACAGACAAGGCCCUAGUAAUGUAUACCAGUGGCUCCACCGGGAGGCCAAAAGGGGUCAUGAUGGUACAUAAAAACUUGAUAGCGGGAAUGACUGGACAGUGUGAGCGAAUACCUGGCCUGGGACCCAACGACACAUACAUUGGCUACUUGCCUUUGGCUCAUGUAUUAGAACUGACAGCAGAAAUUUCCUGUAUCACAUACGGCUGCAGGAUUGGCUAUUCCUCUCCGCUCACCCUGUCAGACCAGUCAAGCAAAAUUAAAAAGGGAAGCAAAGGAGACUGCACCGUUCUGAAGCCCACUUUGAUGGCAGCUGUGCCUGAGAUCAUGGAUCGAAUUUAUAAGAAUGUUAUGAGCAAAGUUCAGGAGAUGAACUAUUUCCAGAAAACAUUGUUCAAGAUAGGAUAUGACUAUAAAUUGGAGCAAAUAAAAAGAGGUUAUGAUGCACCUCUGUGUAACUUGCUGCUGUUCAAAAAGGUGAAGGCCCUCCUUGGGGGGAACGUACGCAUGAUGCUCUCAGGAGGGGCCCCUCUGUCACCUCAAACCCAAAGGUUCAUGAAUAUCUGCUUCUGCUGCCCUGUGGGCCAAGGCUACGGCCUGACGGAAACCUGUGGAGCAGGCACAAUCACGGAAGUAACUGACUACAGCACUGGCAGAGUUGGAGCGCCUCUCCCCUGUUGCGAGAUUAAACUCCGAGACUGGCAAGAAGGGGGCUAUACGACAAGAGACUUGCCAAACCCCAGGGGAGAGAUUGUAAUUGGAGGGCCCAACGUCUCUGUGGGGUACUUCAGAAAUGAGGAGAAGACAGCUGAAGAUUUCAUCGUCGAUGACAAUGGCCAGCGGUGGUUUUGUACUGGAGACAUUGGAGAAUUUCAUUCCGAUGGUUGCCUGCAAAUCAUAGAUCGUAAAAAAGACUUGGUGAAGUUGCAAGCAGGGGAAUACGUGUCUCUUGGCAAAGUUGAGGCAGCCCUGAAAAACUGUCCCCUUAUUGACAAUAUCUGUGCUUAUGCCAAAAGCAACCAGUCUUACGUUAUCAGUUUUGUGGUUCCCAACCAGAAGAAACUAACAGCACUUGCUGAACAGAGGGGGGUGUCUGACAGCUGGGUAAACAUCUGUAACAACCCUAUCAUGGAAUCAGAAGUUCUGAAAGCGAUUAAGGAUAUGGCUAACAAAAUGAAGCUGGAAAGAUUUGAAAUCCCCAUCAAGGUGCGUCUAAGCCCUGAGCCCUGGACUCCAGAGACAGGAUUGGUCACAGAUGCGUUCAAACUGAAAAGGAAGGAGCUGAAGAACCAUUACCUCAAUGACAUUGAGCGGAUGUACGGAGGGAAAUAAAUCUCCAAACCCCCUUGCGUCAGAAACCGUGCGUUGUUUCUUCUAGAACUGAGUGGCGAAUUAGUUUCCCAAAGAGUGGUGGCAUUUCCGAACGGAAGUGGCGUUUCAUAAAACAGUUGAAAAUUGCACUCUGUUGCAAAGAAGGAAUGACUGCGCUGGCUUUCUGUGCUGCGUGUCCAAGAUCCUGCCGAAACGACUGACCCACUGCCGCUGUUUCAUUAGACCACUCCCAGUUCCCAAGGGCCGUGUUCCCACGAAACUCCCUCCGUGGAUAAACCAGUGUUUCUGCCUUUGAAUUCUGGCUUCUCUCAUUCCAAAGCGGUUAGAUCAGCUUUGCGGAUCCCAACGCGAUGCUUUUAAGAUGGAUGAAAACGAGCUGGUGGUUAAGGCGACACCCUUGACCAGAAAAGGCUUUGGGAGGGCAGAACCGAGUCCUUCCCAAGCACUGCUCCGAAAAUGGCUAUCUCAGGUCCUUUGCUAGUGUGGCUGUCAUUGGUGGCACGAAGGGAUGAAGAGGGAUUCCUCUUGUGAAAAGGGGGCUUUCACCCAGCCGCAAACUGACAGUCCAACACAGCCACAACUCCCAGCGGGGGUCUUGCACCACAUGCCAAACCUACUCCCUCCCGCAGUUUAAUGAUCACCGGCACCAUCAUGCCCAUCUCUGCAAUGAAAUUGUUCCCAAAGUUUCUGAAUUUUUAUUGCUGAUUCCAUGAACAGGCACUGUAGGCAGUAGGCCGUAGUUUCAGCUGCUAAAGAGAAUAUUGGUGGCACUUUUUAAAGCCACGUUUUGCUCCUGUGUCGAAAAACUUCUUUCACUGCCAUUUGGUGAGCACAGACUAACUCCUAUUUAUUUAUUUUUUCCACAAAUUGUUAUGUUCUAUACAAAAAGAGGGAAGAAAGGCAUGGCAGUAUACAAAUAUUUAAGAGUGCCUAAAGAAGAAACUAUCCUCAUGUACAAGCAGAGGUAAAUUAAGACAUUCCAAUCAAAACAUUUCAAGCCCUCUUUCGAAAGGUGACAAGUUGAUGACUUUUGCCAUCUCUUGCAUUGCUUCGUUGGCUUGUGGUGAGAACACUGGCAUUACCGCCACAAUAAUGCUGGCAUCUUUUCCGACCAUUUAUUUAUUUGCACUCACUUCCUUUAAAAAUCAGUGGAACAAAACAAGUCCUGUGGCUAAAGCAGUCCGCGUACUGUCUGUUUUUGCCGAGUGUGAUGCUUUGGAAUGUAUGCGCCUGUUCCUCUAAGCACAUCCGCACCACAGAUAAAAUCUUUGGUUAUUGCUGGUUGUGGUUUUUGUUUUGUUUUUUUAAUUUGAAAAGGGCAUUUUAAUUUAUCUUUGACUAUAUCACAUAAAGCAAAUCACCUAUUGAAAUGGAUUUCUCUUAUAUGCGAGUGAUGUAUGUAGCCUUGGGAACUUUUUGUUUUAAAGUGUUUGUAAAGGGAAAGUUUUUGUCUGCUAUUUUUAUUUAAAAACUGGAAAUCCUUGAUGUAUUGAGGAUGGGUGGGAGAAAGAAAUAGGACCGCAGUCUCCUAUGUGUUCCGUGUGCAUUAUCCAACAGAACGUCUUUCGUGCGCUGGGCCUCUCUAUUCUUGCUAGUAGUUCACACUUGAAACAGAAAUGCUGAAAAGCAUGUGUCGAUGAUGGGAUCCUGUUCUACUGUGCACUUUUGAUCCUUUUCUGUAUGUUGCUUCCAUUUUCGUACAGAUGUGGCUCUUGGUUGCAAUGUGUUACCCUUUGAUGGCUCUAAAGUAUUUAUAAAAUAGAUUUCCUUUUAUCCAUUAUACUUUAAUGUGUAUAUUAUGGUAAAAAAGAAAAAUAAUUGGAUAUUGUUUGGAAAAUGAAAGAAUUUUUGUAUGAGAUGUUGUCCAAUACACAGCCGUUUUAAACGCAA